AUGAUAAGUAAAUUGGAAAUACUUCCGAAUGAAACACUUUUGAAUGUAUUCUUUUAUUUAUCAUGGGAUGAAAUCUUAAUAUCAUUUUGGUCAUUAAAUAAACGUAUUAAUUCUCUUAUUUGUUCAAUGUUUUCAAUAAGUAAUAAAAAAGGAAUUAUUUUAAAUAAGCCAGGUUUAUCUUAUAAAAAGUUUUCGAAAACUUUAUCAUUGAUAUUAAAUGCGUCAUCACUUUUAUCAUCUAUUAAAUCCAUUCAUUUUGAUGGAAUUAAUUCAUUUUCUUUUGAUUCUAUUUAUGAAAAUAUUUUUUACCAUGAUAAUAAACCAAUUGUUUGCUUUCCUAAUCUUAAAUCACUUUAUAUUAGUCAAUGCUUAUUAUCUCAACCAUUAAUUCAACUGUUAUGUUUUCUUAUUCAAUUGAAAUUAGAACAUCUUACAUUAACAUUUCAUGAAGGUAACUAUACGACAUCUGAUUAUAGAAAAGAAGCCCCAUCAAACAGUUCUGAUCAAGAUAAUCAACAAUUUAUAUGA